AUGGAGCUGCUGCCGAACAGGGGCCUCGCCGUCGCCGGAGACAUCUGGUGCCACAUACAUUCCCUGAUGCCGCUGCGUGAUGCUGCUCGUGCUGCUUGCCUGUCCCGUGCCUUUCUGCGUUCCUGGAGAUGUCGUCCCAAUCUCGCCUUCACUAGGGCAGCGUUUCUCUGGGAAGAACAUCAAAUUGAUGCCAGCGACAUAAUUGAUCGUAUUCUAAGAAACCGCUCAGUCAAUGGGGUGAUACUGAAGGUUCACUUGGGUUGUGUUGCCUUGUCCUAUCUUGACAGUUUGUUCGAACUCGCUGUUACACCAACGACUGAAGAGCUCACUGUUAUCUGUAAUGCUCCCAUGAACCUUUACAGUUUCCCAUGCUCAGUUAUAUCCAAUGGGAUUGGGAGCUCAAGUCGGUAUCUUGAGCUUGGCCACUGUGCCUUUCGCCCCACAGCUGAACUUGGCCCCUUGAGAAACCUGACAAGUCUGCGUCUGAGCUUUGUACAUGUUACUGGGGAUGAUCUGGAGUGCUUUCUUUCCAACUCUGUUGCCCUGGAGCAGCUGAACCUCAGCAACUGCAAGGAGAUAAUUUGCCUGAAGAUACCCUGCGUGCUGCAGAAGUUGACCUUCCUGAUGGCUUUUGGAUGCUGGAGCCUGCAGGUGAUAGAGGGAAGGACUCCAAGCCACUCCUGUUUAUGCGUCAACGGAGAUGUAAAACUCUCACUUGACGCAUUGCAAAUGAAGGGAUUAAUCAUGUUCCAUCCAAACGUUGUCUGCUACGGCCUGCUGCCGCCCAUGAUGCCAAAUCUUGAGUCUCUUCAGAUGAGCUGCAGUGAUGAGGUCAAUGCAGCAAUGCUGCCUACGAAAUUCCUCUGCCUCAAGCACCUGACUAUUUCAGUUACAGGAGCUUCCUUAAGCACGCCCUACGAUUAUUUUUCUCUGGUUUCUUUCCUUGACGCGUCUCCUUCCUUGGAGACAUGGGUGUUGGAUAUAGAGCUGAUCUUGGAUAUCUUGGAGAUCACUCGCCAUUUGAGGCAGAUGCCAGAGCAUCGCCAUUACUCCCUCAAGAAUGUGAAUAUAACAGGGUUCAGCUCUGCCAAGAGCUUGGCUGAGCUAACAUGCUAUGUUCUCAAGAACGCGGUGUCACUGGAGCGUCUUGCACUGGACACUGUCUAUGGUGUCCCUCGUGUCUUCAGGUGUUCUGAGGGUGGCAGGAGGAGGUGCUUCCCCAUGGGCAGGAACGCUGUCAGGGAAGCCCUCAGGGCGGUCAGGACUGUUGGAACUCACAUCCAGGAUCAGGUUUCUCCCACGGUUGAGUUUACUCUUGUUUUAGAGAAGGGUAUUUUUACCCGGAAUGCAGCCAUUUGUAUUUUAAGAACUUUGGGAAGUUAGCCCAAGUAGAGGACUUAGCCCCUCAAAUACCUAAAUAUGAAAUUCAUGCUUCUAUAGAGAUUUGGUCCUGAACUCAGGACCUUAGGUGUUACUUAGGUCACUGUAACCACUAGUCUACCUGUCCUUUCACGGGGAGGCUGCACGAUGCUAUUAGCAUUCUUUUUUUUCGGACUUUGACAGUGGUUUACAGAGUCUGGCCGCGAGCUGGAUCCGUUGCCGCUGCAGUGCAUAAUCUUAGCUAUGUUUUACUACUACUUUUAGAUUAUUAGACCGACAAGAGGGGACACAGACCGUAAUGUUGGCCUU